UGCGCCGAUAUUGACAGGUGCUGAGAGAGCAUGGCGGCCAGUGUUUACGACAACUGAUCGCCACCGAUCGAAUCCGCGGAUGAUCCGAGCGUUUCGCGUGUUGUUUACGCGAUCGUUGUCCCGGCACGCUGCUCGACGGAAACCAGUCCCGCGUGUCGCCCGCCGGUCCGCCCCCCGUCCGAACGGGAGCGAGUGUAACGGUCGUUCCCGGUCAGUGGAAAACGCGUGCCACGAUCACGAGAGUUUCGGAUCAGGUGGUGGGUCUCGCCGUUGACACGCUAGCGGCCACGAAGCGGACCGCUGGGAUACCUAGGCCAUCGUCUUAAUCCCAUGAGGGGAUGAGCACUGGCGUGGGAGAUGGCGGUGGUGGCGGUGUCGGCGGUGUGCAGGGCAGCGGCGGCGGCAGGAACACGCCGCCCCACGGAUCGCCCACCCCCAUGGACAAAGCGACGUUGAAGGUCCAUCUGCCGAACGGCGGCUUCAACGUCGUGAAAUUCGGCGACGCGAUCGACGUGCGAGGCAUCAUCUCCCUCCUGACCAGUCGAUUGGCGCCCGGCCCGAGACACUACCAAAACCUCUACGCCAUGAGGCUGCAUCACCCUGGGUCGGGGGAGAGUUACUGGUUGCACCAAGACACCACCAUGUAUCAGGUUCAAGAGAAAUACGAGAAGAAGCAUCCCCAUUCCGAGUGGAGGUACGAGUUAAGGGUGAGGUACCUGCCGCAGAAUAUGAAGGAUCUGUACGAGAAGGACAAAGCGACGUUCUACUACUACUACGACCAGAUUCGGAACGAUUAUUUGUACGCGAACCACGCAGCCCUGGACCUGGACGUGGCGAUGCAAAUGUGCUGCCUGGAGAUACGCUACUCUUACAAGGAUAUGCCUCAGAUGGCCCUCGAUAAGAAGAGCAACAUCGAGUUCCUGGAGAGAGAGUUCGGUCUGCACAAGUAUCUACCGCGGACUGUCUUGAACGUAAUGAAACCAAAGGCGCUGCGCAAGCUGAUACAGCAGCAUUUCAAGAAGGUGGCCGUACUGUCGGAGCUGGAAUGCAUGUACAAGUUCUUCGAUCUGCUGAGGGCGCACUGCAGGUUCGACCAGGAGAGGUUUAUAUGCGCUCUUGGGUCGAGCUGGUCUAUACCCGUGGAACUAGUCAUCGGACCGGAUUUAGGCAUAUCUUACAUGGCUCACAGGGGUGGAACGGUGCCAACGAGGAUGGCAGAGUUCUCUCAGAUACAAUCAAUUCAGACUCUGGUCUCGGACUGCAAGGAGCACGCGAAGGCGUGCAUCAAACUGAGGGUAGCAGGGGCAGCGGAGACGCUCAGCAUCACUUGCUCAAGCCUGGACCAAGCGGAGAGUCUCGCAGACUUGAUCGAUGGGUACUGCAGAGUGGUCACCGGGAGCAACACGUCGUUGUGGAACAGAAAAGGUACCUCUCCAGCUAGGCUGAUGUCUCUGCCACAAAGAAUCCCCCAAAAGAUCAUGGCAUGUCCCAGAAUACGAACUGCAUCGUGGAAAAACUAUCCCUGUCCAUGCAAAGACGCCCAUCCGCCCAAGUACAGGCAAGACGGGUCCAACAGUCCCGAGAAGAAUGUCAGCAAGACUGGGACCAUUUUGUCGGAGGAUUACGCGGAGAUCGUGGAUGAAGAGGGAGAUUAUUCGACACCAGCGACACGAGAUUACGAGAUAGUCAGGAACCAAGUGGAAUUAGGCGAGAUCAUCGGGAACGGUCAGUUCGGCAAUGUACAUAAAGGUUCAUAUAAAGGAAGGGACAACCAGGUUAUAGCCGUCGCGGUGAAAACCUGUAAAGUGGACGCGGAUCUCGCCACGUCUGAGAAGUUCCUCGAGGAAGCCUACAUAAUGCAGCAGUUCGAGCAUCCUCAUAUUAUACGACUAAUUGGAGUGUGCUCGGAAGCACCAAUCUGGUUGGUGAUGGAGCUGGCCAGGCUAGGAGAGAUGCGAGCCUAUUUACAGUCCAAUAAACAGCGUUUGGAUCUAGCUACGCUUCUGCUUUACACGUUUCAAUUGAGCACUGCCUUAUCGUACCUUGAGAGCAAAAAAUUUGUGCACAGAGACAUCGCUGCGAGAAAUGUCCUAGUGUCGAUGCAUAACUGCGUGAAGCUAGCGGACUUCGGGCUGAGCAGAUGGGUAGAGGAUCAGAGCUACUACACGGCAAGCAGGUGUAAGCUGCCCAUCAAGUGGAUGGCGCCUGAGAGUAUCAAUUUCCGUAGAUUCACUACGUCUUCCGACGUCUGGAUGUUCGGCGUCUGUAUGUGGGAGAUUCUGAUGCUGGGAGUGAAGCCGUUCCAGGGCGUGAAGAACCACGACGUGAUUCACAAGUUGGAGAACGGGGAGAGAUUAGCCUUACCGAACCACUGCCCACCGCGUUUGUACUCACUAAUGUCUCAGUGUUGGAGCUACGAGCCCAGCAAACGGCCAACGUUCAAGGAGAUCAGGGAAACUUUACAUGAAAUUCUGUUGGAAGAGAAGCACCAGCAGCAAGAGACGAUGAAGCGUGAGAACAGGAGAGUGCAAGCCAUGUCUUGGGGUGCAGACGAUGUACCGCCGCCGAAACCUUCGAGGCAACCGCAGAACACGACGGAUCAAUCCCAGCUGACCGUCGCGGCGCCAGUCUCCACCUAUAUCGUAGCCCAAAGCCCCGAGGUUCUCGCGCAGCUACUCAAGGACAAUCAAGCCAGGGGGAGGGUCGUGCAGUCGCAGUUGUUCGACAACGUCACUGAGAAUUUCGGUAGCAGCAUAGAUGAUGAACAGAAGCUGCUCGAGCAACGACUCUUGGAGCAGCAACGCCAGUCGGAAGAGGAUAGUCGUUGGUUGGCCAGGGAAGAGAAACGCUUGUCAAUUGCAACAAGUGGAGAUGAGAGCGCCAGUCCUCCAGUUCCUCGCUCAGUCACACAAUCACCGAAUCAUGAUCAACACAGUGCCAAUACUGGCUCGCUUGGUUCUGACAAAGGCACUGAAAAAGUGAUCGUUGUAAAGAAAAUGGAACCCACGCCAACAGCAGAUUUAGAUAGAACCAACGACAAAGUAUAUGAUUGCACGACCAGCGUCGUUCGCGCCGUCAUGUCUCUCUCCCAAGGUGUACAACAGAGCAAGGCAGAACAAUAUUUAGAGCUGGUCAGCAAAGUUGGCGUCGAACUGAGAGCACUGCUUUCAUCUGUGGACGCUUUGAUGGGGAUAUUACCCAUAACUGCUCACCGGGAAGUAGAAAUGGCGCACAAGGUUCUUAGUAAAGACAUGUACGAACUGGUUUCCGCUAUGAGGCAAGCUCAGAAAUACAGUGCUACCACUUUGGACGCAGAGUAUCGAAAACAAAUGCUCUCAGCUGCCCACAUACUGGCGAUGAACGCGAAGAAUCUGCUGGACGUAAUCGACUCGAUACGCAUUCGCUACCCUUACGUGAACAGCCAGAUUUGCCAGAAGCAAAACGACGCCAGCGUUCCGCAGGAGUCCACGCCGGAAGCUCGCAUCCGUUCCAGCCAGUCCGGGGAGCAGUUUCUGAGGAGAAGCCAAUCGACUGAACGACAAGGUACAACGUUUCGACAAAGCCAAAGCGGUGAUCUUCUGCACAGGAUGGGCCAGUCGGUGGACCGCUCUUUGCAGGGUAGUCAGACCGACGUUAGUAGUGGCUCAAGUUUAGAAAGAAGGCACCACAUCGUCACCAACAGUCUCGAGCGUAACUCGACAACCAGACGACAAAUGGCGACGAAUAGUUUAGAAAGGAAACGACCCUCGUUAUCUUGUAAUAUCAGUCCCAUGAACAAUUCGGUUAAUCUGCCGCCGAUGGUACCAGUUACCUGUAAUUUAGUCCAAACGGUGGGACCUGUUAUUCACCCCAGUCAAACCGUCUCGACAGGUAUUAGUCAACAGUUUGCACCUAACAAUAAGACGGCAAACGAAACUGCCACAAGUGAUAGCUAACAACGAGGUGCCUUGCAUUAAGGAGAACUUCGAGGAAAUAUUAGUUCGUAUGUACAUAGACGACAUCGUACAAGUUACCCGUCUACAUCCCGCGCAUAACUCAGCAGCAGGAGAUUUAGUAUUUGUGCUUUAUAGCCUCUUUUUAACAUUCACCUACAACAGACUUUGUCUAAACGUACUUAUAGAUAGGACAGUAUUCGUUAGAUGUAGCAGUAGAAGAAGUAUCAUUAGCAAGUAAGUCACAGCUAAUAAGGAAAUCACUCCAAAGCUUUAGAAUUAUUGUUAAUUUGUUAUUGUAUGACAACCGCAUAUAUAGGGUGAAGCAAAGGGAACGCUCGACCAUAACCUUGUUAAUGUGAAACCCUUCGCC